AUGGCGACCGCGUGGAGUCUAACUUCGUCGUCGUCGUCGGUUCGCAGCGUGUCGUUUUCCGGCCUUCGCUGCUCCACCCGAACGACGAAAGCCCCUGCUGCCGCACGGUUCCCGGCCUCCGCGUCUCGCGGCGUGGUUUGCGCUGCACGGAAGCAACGGUCGCCGUCCAAUUCGCGUGUUGCGCCCGAGGGCUCGGCGCUCGAAGUGGCGGAUCAGGCGGAGCAGCAAGCGCAGCUUGCGGAACAGCAAGCGGAGCAGCAUGCGGAGCAUGUUGAGCAGCAAGAGCAGGAGCAGGCAGAGAUCGUCACUGAUUUCGUCGGGAACAAUGGAGCGAAUGUCUUCGCUUCAGAGGACAUGGACAUUCAUCUGCACCUGCUGCAAAGCGACAUGGAGGUGGACUCAGUGGUGGCAGCGGACAUGAAGGAGAACGGCUCGCGCAGCACGCGGCGCACGAAGCUCAUCUGCACCGUGGGGCCAGCGAGCUGCUCCUUCAAGCAGCUGGAGGCGCUGGCGUCGGGGGGCAUGAACGUUGCCCGGCUGAAUAUGUGCCACGGCACCCACGAGUGGCACCGGGACGUGGUGGACAAGGUGCGACGGCUGAACGCGGAGAAGGGGUAUUCCAUCGCGAUUAUGAUGGAUACGGAGGGUAGUGAGAUUCACCUGGGUGAUUUACCCGGAGACUCGUCCGUGAAGGCUGAGGACGGCGACCUAUGGACGUUCACAGUGCGCCAGUUCCCUGGGCCCCUGCCGCCCCAAACCGUGCUGGUCAACUACGAUGGCUUCGUGGACGACAUCACGGUAGGAGAUGAGGUGGUAGCCGACGGGGGCAUGGUGCGAUUCCAGGUGCUGCGCAAGAUCGGCCCCGAUGUCACAGUGAGGGUCAUUGAUGCGGGGCUCAUCCUGCCGCGUGCCAACGUCACUUUCUUCCGGGACGGCAAGCUCGUUCGGGGGAGGAACUCCAUGCUGCCCACCAUCUCCUCCAAGGAUUGGAUCGACAUUGACUUUGGCAUUGCCAUGGGGGUUGAUUUCAUCGCCAUCUCGUUCGUCAAGUCCCCUGACGUCAUCACGCACCUCCGCAGCUACAUCAACGCCCGCUCGCCCAACCGUUACAUCGGGCUCAUCUCAAAGAUCGAGAGCUGCGAGUCCAUUGCGCGUCUGGAGGAGAUCAUUGCUGUCUCCGAUGGCGCCAUGGUGGCUCGAGGCGACCUGGGGGCGCAGAUCCCCCUGGAGGAGGUGCCGUCAGUGCAGCAGGACAUCGUGCAGAUCUGCCGCGAUCUCAACAAGCCGGUCAUCGUGGCAUCACAGCUGCUGGAGUCGAUGAUUGAGUUCCCCACGCCCACUCGCGCUGAGGUGGCUGAUACAGCAGAGGCGGUGAGGCAACGCGCAGACGCCCUAAUGCUGUCAGGAGAGUCAGCCAUCGGGCAGUUCCCAGAGAAGGCACUGGCUGUGUUGCGCACGGUGGCAACGAGGAUAGAGGGGUACGGGCGGGCGGAGCAGGGCGGCGAGCAGGAGGCAGACAUUGCGCUGCUGCCGGAGCUCUCCGACGUGCUCUCUGAACGGAUCUCCGAGCAGAUUUGCGCUGCUGCCGCCCACAUGGCCGCCAAGCUCAAGGUGGAUGCCAUAUUCGUCUACACCCACCGCGGCUACAUGGCCUCGCUGCUCUCGCGCUGCCGCCCCGAUUGCCCGAUCUUCGCCUUCACCUCCUCGCAGGGAGUGCGGCAGCAGCUGAACCUAUCGUGGGGGCUCAUCCCGUUCCGCCUGGACUUCUCAGACGACAUGGAGUCCAACAUCCAGCGCACCUUCAACCUGCUCAAGGCAAGGGGCAUGAUGAAGUCGGGAGACCUAGUGAUUACAGUCUCAGACAUCAUUGGCAGCGACACUACCUUUGAUGGAGGGCUGCAGUCCAUGCAGAUACGGAAUGUGCCGUGA